AAGUCACUCUGCUGAGCAGAGCAGUCAUCAGUUGUGGUCUCCAAGUCUACAAUGAGACUACUUCUAAUUUCUUUACUAAUAAUAUUUAUAAUAAAUAAAGUGCAUUUGUGUAAUUCUGUUCCAACAACAUUCGAAAAUGAAAUCCUUCACGGUAAAGACGAGAACGAAAAUAUUAACCAAUUUCGUGAAUCCUUCGCUAAACGCAUGCAAUCAUUCAUGAAUACUUCAGCAGAUCCAUGCGAUGAUUUCUAUGCUUACGCGUGCGGUAACUAUCCAAAUGUCAUAGAGGAUAACGAAAUCGAAAGGAAACAGAGAUCACUUACUGAUCUGUCACACGUCAUAGAUGAAUUUGUAGACAAAAUACUACAAAAGGAACGACAACCAGAUGACAUGUAUUACGACGAGUUGCAGGUUGUCAAACAGUACUUGGAAAUUUGUGACAGUUCAAAACUAUGGCCACUUUCACCGAGUGAGGAAUAUUUGACAGUUAUCAAGUCGAUAGGAGGCUUUCCAGCUUUGGAUCCAACUUGGAAUGUGUCCACAUUUGAUUGGUUCAAUAUGACUGCCAAUCUUAUUCGGUACGGUGUAGUUGGACUUAUCAAGGAGGAAAUUUUCCUCAAACACCCCUUUCCACCGUAUUACGAAAUUCCAAGAUUUGGCUUCAACUUUGACGUUUACUCGGAUAAUAUUGAAACCAAUGAGUCACAUGGAUAUGUUCACAAUGUCAAAAUUAUGAAAGAACUUCUUGAUCUUUAUAGAGUAAAUGACACUGAUGAAGUUAUAGAAGAAAUCAUCGAGCUUUGGAAGGAAGCUCUGAUAUUUCAAGACAAAGCUAUUAACAGACGAAGCUGUCGUAGGCUAGCCUUUGAAGAUGACAUGGAAGAGUACGAAUUUCCCAAAUGGAAAUCAUUAUUUGAGAUCGCAUGGAAUGCAAAUGAUUCAUCAAAAUUCGAUGGCAGUGACUGUCCAUGUGAUUGGUACUUUAAAAAACUCGAUGACAUUUCUGUCAAUAAAUCCAGAUCUAUGGCCAAUUACAUGGCCUUGAAAUUCCUCUAUACAAUGCAUCCUCAACUUAAAUCUACUAAAUACCAACAUCAGUAUUGUGUGACUCAGAUUAAGAAAACAAUGCCACUAAUUUUGACAUAUUUCUAUGUCAAGGAACACUUUAGCAAAGAUGAUCAGAAAGAAGUCGAAGAGAUGAUUGUGCAACUUAGGGCAAGUUUUAUAAAAUUGAUUCAAUCGUCAGAUUGGUUGGACACAGAAAGUCGGAUUGGAAAUGAGAAAACAAUACAAAAUUUGAAAGCUAGUGUUGGUGAAGUAGUUGAUCCCAUGUCUGACAUUUAUAUCCGUGAAAUAAAAAAGAUCAAUCUGACAGAUAAUUUCGCUAUGAAUAAUCUUGAAGCGUCAAAACAUCGAAUAAAUAUGCGCCAUUAUGCAUUUAUGCAAGAAAAUUUGGACAACAAAACAUCGCCGUUUGAAGUUCUGAAUGCAAUUCAGGUGAAUGCCUUUUACGAUCUCAUUAAGCAUGGAAUUUAUGUUUUGCCGGGUGUUCUUUUCCCGCCAGUUUAUCAUAAAUAUUUACCGCAAUCUGUCAAAUAUGGCGGCCUUGGAUAUAUUAUUGGACAUGAAAUGGUACAUAGUUUGGAUUUUAGAGGGCGUGAAUUUGAAAAAUAUUUCCAAAGACAUUCGGCAUGGUCUGAGGCAUCGGCCAAAAUGGUUACCAAUCGUUCGCUAUGUUUUGCCGAACAUCAUAGGAAUUAUACUGUUCCAGUGCUAGAUAUAAAACUUAAUAAAACAAAAAAUACAAAAGAAUCGAUUGCUGAUGCUGGGGGUCUUAGGGAAGCAUUUGACACAUAUCGAUCGGUGUAUCAAGAGGCAGUGAAAAAUAAAAUUAAGGAUUUUGAACAAAUGGAGAAUCUUCCCGGUCUAGAAUUGACGCCAGAUCAGACUUUCUUUUUGAGUUUUGCUCAAGUAUAUUGCGCCAAAUAUGAACCGAAACAUUAUUGGAGUGAAAUUUAUGAAGAUCAUCCAAUGGACAGAUAUCGAGUUAUAUCACCGCUACAGAACUUGGAGGAAUUUUCAAUGACAUUUAACUGCUCGUUAGGGACUUCAAUGAAUCCAAAACGUAAAUGUCGUUUGUGGUGAAAAUUAUUGUGAAUAAAUUAUUAAUUUUAAAAACUUUUUUU